AUGUCGAACUUGAAGAGGAAGAAGAUGGAAGAAGACGACAGAAUCAGCCUUCUCCCAGAUUGUCUUCUUCGUCAGAUUCUCUCCAACAUAAACAUAAAACAAGUUGUCCAAACUUGUGUUCUUUCAAAACGGUGGAAAACCCUUUGGACUCAUAUCCCCGCUCUCAACUUCUUGGAUGAUGGCUCCUACGGUAGAGUUCAUUCUAAUCACAAACCAACAUGUUUUAAGCACUUUGUCAUCAGAGUUUUAUCUGAACACCGCGGUGAACAUAUUCAAAAACUGAGUUACGUUGGACAUGAUGACCUUUUAGCAGAGUCAUUGAUAUGUCAUGCACGGCGCCACAAUGUUGGAGAAAUUUACAUCCAUACCUACGUUAAUGGUUUUCGUAACACGAAACACUGUUUGUCGGGAUGUUCAUCGCUCACUGUGCUGAAGAUUUCAUGUGGGGUUGCGGAUUACUUGGGAGCCUUGGCAUUGCCAUCCUUGAAAGUUUUAGAGAUUGUGAAUCGUCAUUGGCCGGAGGAUCAGAACGUGAAGAAGAAUAAUCUUGAUGCUAAAUUUGAAGACAUGUUCUCCGGCUGUCCAAAUUUGGAAUCUUUGGUUUUGAGUCACCAUAUUUUUAGGAGUGCUACCAUUUGUGCUCCAAAACUUUACAACUUUGAAUUGUGGCCACUUCCUAAUUUAAAACAUUUGAAGUUGAAAACAAAGAUACCCACCAAGGGGACUGCCCUAGACAUUCCAAUUAGUAUAUUGGCGUAUUUACAAAACUGCCCCAAUUUAGAAACUUUGGCUGUUCUUAAUGAGGACGAGGAGAUUCCUUUAUCGAAGAGAAAAGAUUGGCGUUUCUGA